CCUGGCUUCCCGGGGGGUUAUCUCCGGGGUGGAGUCCGCAGUGCACCGGUCACCCGAGGCCCAGGUGCCCUCGCUCACCUCGCUGACUCCAUCCUCCUUCCACCUCCUCCCCCGGGUCCCGCGUCCCUCGGGGCCUGGCCAGCCGGGGGCCACUCCGCCCUACACUGCGCGCUCAUUGGCCACCCGGGGCCUGCCCUGUCUCCAUAAAUGCAUGGUCCCCGGGAAUACGGCAUGGAGAGGGACAGGAGGAAACCACGGCACCAGCAGCAUCUCUUCUACCCUCCGUGACACCUCACCCCGCUGCUCCCGACCCUAGAAGUCAGACCGCAGACCAACAGGCGGACUCACAGCCUUCUUCCAAAAGACACCCAAAGCCCACGGCCACAGUCCUCCAGCCCCUGCGGCCAGCGCAAGGCGGGCACCCGCUCCCGGAGGCUGCCGCACGGUGCCGCGUGGAGCAUCCUCGCCGAGGUCCUUUCUGCUCCCCGCCCCUCCUCGGCCCCUUCUAUCACACCUGCGGGUCCUCUUUGCCUCUUUCCCAGAAUCAUCAAGCCCCCAAAUCCCGCCAGUACCUCUUGCCAACCAACCUUGCCCUGCCCAGUCCCUGCGCCACCCCUCGCGCCGGGCCCCCAGCGCUGCCAUGAGUUCCCCCAUCAGCAAGAGCCGCGCCCUCGCUGCCUUCCUGCAGCAGCUGCGCAAUCUGGGGCAGCCGCCGCGACCGGUGACUUCUAAGGCGUGCGCACCCCCUCGGCCGCGGGAGGUGCCCCUCUGCCCGGUGAUGGCACCUGGCGAGACGCAGAGCGCGGCGGCCCUGCCCGGCCCCACCAACUGGCCGCUGCUGGGCAGCCUGCUGGAAAUCCUCUGGAAAGGGGGGCUCAAGAAACAACACGACACCCUGGCCGAGUACCACAAGAGGUACGGCAAGAUUUUCCGCAUGAAACUGGGUUCCUUCGACUCGGUGCACCUGGGCUCGCCGUGCCUGCUGGAGGCGCUGUACCGCACCGAGAGCGCGUACCCCCAGCGGCUGGAGAUCAAGCCGUGGAAGGCCUACCGCGACCACCGCGAAGAAGGCUACGGGCUGCUCAUCCUGGAAGGUGAAGACUGGCAGAGGGUCCGGAGUGCCUUUCAAAAGAAACUAAUGAAACCGGUGGAAAUUAUGAAGCUGGACAACAAAAUCAAUGAGGUCUUGGCUGAUUUUAUGGUUAGAAUGGAUGAGCUCUGUGAUGAAAGGGGCCGCAUGGAAGACUUGUACAGCGAACUGAACAAAUGGUCAUUUGAAAGUAUCUGCCUUGUGUUAUAUGAGAAGAGAUUUGGGCUCCUUCAGAAGAAUGCAGGGGAUGAAGCCCUGAACUUCAUCAUGGCCAUCAAAACAAUGAUGAGCACGUUUGGGAAGAUGAUGGUCACUCCAGUCGAGCUGCACAAAAGCCUCAACACCAAGGUCUGGCAGGCCCACACGCUGGCCUGGGACACCAUUUUCAAAUCAGUCAAAUCUUGCAUCGACCACCGGCUAGAGAAGUAUUCUCAACAGCCGAGCGCAGAUUUCCUCUGUGAUAUUUACCACCGCAAUCAGCUUUCAAAGAAAGAACUGUACGCUGCCGUCACGGAGCUCCAGCUGGGCGCCGUGGAAACGACAGCAAACAGCUUAAUGUGGAUUCUCUACAAUUUAUCCCGUAAUCCCCAAGUGCAACAAAAGCUUCUUGAGGAAAUUCAAAGUGUUUUGCCUGAGAAUCAGAUGCCACGGGCAGAGGAUUUGAAGAACAUGCCAUAUUUAAAAGCCUGUCUGAAAGAAUCUAUGAGGCUCACCCCAAGUGUGCCAUUCACAACUCGGACUCUGGACAAGGCAACGGUUCUGGGUGAAUAUGCUUUACCCAAAGGGACAGUGCUGAUGCUAAAUACCAAGGUAUUGGGGUCCAGUGAAGACAACUUUGAAGAUGCAAGUCAGUUUAGACCCGAACGUUGGCUUCAGGAGAAGAAAAAGAUUAAUCCUUUCGCGCACCUUCCGUUUGGCAUCGGGAAAAGAAUGUGCAUUGGUCGCCGGUUAGCGGAGCUCCAGCUCCAUCUGGCUCUCUGUUGGAUCGUCCGCAAAUACGACGUCGUGGCCACAGACAACGAGCCCGUGGAGAUGCUGCACUUGGGCAUCCUGAUGCCCAGCCGGGAGCUCCCCAUCGCGUUCCGCCAGCGCUGAGCCGCCCCAGAUUUUUUUUUUCCACCAAGACCAAGAGCAGCAAUUUUUACUCUCCUACAAGAAUGGUGCUUCUGGCUUCUGCAUUACUGGAAAGCAAACUUCAAAAACUACAGCAUGCAACAGCGUAUAAAGAACAUCUGGGCCCAGGUGUUUGCAUUCUUUCUUGUGUACCAUUGUUCCAGAAGCUGUACUGUCUGUCUAAAUGAUGAUGUUUGUUAAGAUCUUAUCCAACUCAGGGAAGCAGAUUGAG